CCCACCCGCUGGCCCGGGCCGUCCAGGUGCGGGGCACCGAGGCGGGAAGCCGGCGAACAGAGCGAGCCCGCGCCCACCUCGGCGCCUUUGCGCUCCGCAGCGGCGCGCCUCGCCCAGCGUCCCCGCCAGCGGUCCUGCCGGAAGAUGGUCAACGACCGGUGGAAGACCAUGGGCGGCGCUUCCCAACUUGAGGACCGGCCGCGCGACAAGCCGCAGCGGCCAAGCUGCAGCUGUGUGCUGUGUACAGUGCUGCUGUCCCUCGCCGUGCUGCUGGCCGUGGCGGCCACCAGCGCCGUGCUGCUUGUGAACCACGCCCGUGCGCCCGGCACGGCGCCCCCGCCCGUCGUCAGCACCGGGCCGGCUGGGGCCAACAGCGCGCUGGUCACCGUGGACAGGGCCGACAGCUCGCGCCUCAGCAUCCUCAUUGACCCGCGGUGCCCUGACCUCACCGACGGCUUCGCCCGCCUCGAGGGCGCCCAGGCCUCCGUGCUGCAGGCGCUGAGCCAGCGCCAGGCCGAGCCGAGGCUGCCGGGCGAGCAGGAGCAGGAACUGCUGGACACGCUGGCGGACCAGCUCCCUCGGCUGCUUGCCCGGGCCUCGGAGCUGCAGGCCGAGUGCUCCGGGCUGCGGAAGGGGCACGGCGCCCUGGGCCAGGGGCUCAGUGCCCUCCAGAGCGAGCAGGGUCGCCUCAUCCAGCUUCUCUCUGAGAGCCAAGGCCACAUGGCUCACCUGGUGAACUCAGUCAGCGAUGUCCUGGAUGCCCUGCAGAGGGACCGGGGGCUGACCCGACCCCACGUCAAGGCUGACCUUCAGAGGGCACCUGCCAGGGGAUCGCGGCCCCGCAGCUGCGCCAAUGGCUCUCGGCCACGUGACUGUCUGGACGUCCUCCUGAGCGGACAGCAGGAGGACGGCGUUUACUCCGUCUUCCCCACACACGACCCCGCCGGCUUCCAGGUCUACUGUGACAUGCGCACAGAUGGAGGCGGCUGGACGGUGUUUCAGCGACGGGAGGAUGGCUCCGUGAACUUCUUCCGAGGCUGGGAGGCAUACCGCGAUGGCUUCGGCAAGCUCACGGGGGAGCACUGGCUAGGGCUCAAGAGGAUCCAUGCUCUGACCACUCAGGCGGCCUACGAGCUACAUGUGGACCUAGAGGACUUUGACAAUGGCACAGCCUACGCCCACUAUGGGAGUUUUGGCGUGGGGCUCUUCUCUGUGGACCCUGAGGAAGACGGAUACCCGCUCACCGUGGCCGACUACUCGGGCACGGCAGGGGACUCCCUCCUGAAGCACAGCGGCAUGAAGUUCACCACCAAGGACCGUGACAGUGACCACUCGGAGAACAACUGCGCCGCCUUCUACCGCGGAGCCUGGUGGUACCGCAACUGCCACACGUCCAACCUCAACGGGCAGUACCUGCGCGGCGCACACGCCUCUUAUGCCGACGGCGUCGAGUGGUCCUCCUGGACUGGCUGGCAGUACUCACUCAAGUUCUCCGAGAUGAAGAUCCGCCCGGUCCGUGAGGACCGCUAGACUGGCGCGCUCCGGCCCC